AGAGGCGUAGUAGGCUACCGUGUCCUCUUCCAACAAGGGCUGGUUGGAUCUAGACGGCUGCUUGGUCCUCGGGCCUUUGGGCGCCCGCUUCCCCGGCAACGCCAUCUUUUUUGCGACUGGCACGGCGGCAGAGGCCGUGUAGAACCGCUUUGGCACUAUCGUGGUCAGGCAAACUGUCCUGUGUACGGCUGAUCCAAAAACGCAUUGCUCCCCCGAAAGCAAGCGUCUUUCCCAUCUUAAACGACAGUUCCAGAAAGGGUCUGGGUAACGUCUUUGACUGAAGUCACUGCGUGCGGCAGUGAAGCAGGAUUGGGUUCUCUCUGUCAAAAACGGGUUCGGCUGGGUCGGUGGUUUGGGUCUGAGCCAGCAAUGUAAGAGAUUAAAUCCAGUCGGGCUGCCAAAACUCUUCUCCAGAUUCUGCAGCAAACGCAGCGAGUUUCCGAGGAUCUUGAUAUGCAUAGUUCACCUGCAGGAAAGAAGUAACAAGUGAAACAUGGCGAGCCAAGAGGUGCUUCGCGGAGUUCCACAAUCUCUCUCUGCUAAAUUUGUGGGAUCUUUUGCGUACUUGACGGUGAGGGACAGACUGCCGACCAUUCUUACUAAGGUCAUCGACACCAUCCAUCGAAACAAGAACAAAUUCUUCGAGGAGCACGGGGAGGAAGGCGUCCAGGCCGAGAAGAGAGCCAUCUCAUUCCUCUCCAAACUUCGUAACGAGCUGCAGACCGACAAACCGGUGCUAGCCCUAACGGACGAUGGGGAGGACACGGAUGUGUGGAACCAGUACCUGCAACGGCAGCAGGCUCUGAUGGACGAACAAGAGCCGCCGAGCUGGUUUAAGUCCCCGUGGCUCUAUGUGGAGUGCUACAUGUACAGGAGGAUUCAGGAAUCUAUACUUCUCAAUCCGCCAAUUUGUGCUUUUGACGCGUUCAGAGAAGCCAAAACGCAAAGCUACUUUGAGUCUCAGCAGGCCACGAUGGCGAUUUGUACCUACCUCCAAGGGCUGAAUAAAAACAGGAACGAAUUCUCAGAGGAGCAGCUUUUGAACCAGUUUCUUACACUGCUGCAGGUCUCCUUGUGGGGGAACAAGUGUGAUCUCUCCAUCUCGGCGGGUCAGGAGAACUCCCAGAAGUCCAGUCCGGUGGACGCCCUGGGCGAGCUGAAGCCCUACAUCCUGGUGGACGACUCGAGCUCGGUCUGGUCCGUCUUGACGAGCGGCGCGGUCCCCGGGCGGUCGGCCGCGGGACGGGGACGAGUCGACAUCGUCCUGGACAACGCGGGCUUCGAGCUCGUCACCGACCUGGUCCUCGCCGACUUCCUGGUCUCCUCCGGCCUGGCCAAGCAGGUGCACUUCCACGGCAAGUCCAUGCCGUGGUUCGUUUCCGACGCGACGCGGGAGGACUUCCACUGGACCGUGAAGCAGACGAUGGCGGCCAAUCACCGCUGGAUGUCGAAGAGCGGCGCCCAGUGGCACCGCUACCUGAAGGACGGCACCUGGUGUUACCACGACCACCCCUUCUGGACUCUGCCCCACGAGUUCAGCGAAAUGGCCGCGGACGCCCCCGACCUCUACGCCGCUCUGCAGACGGCCGACCUGAUCUUCUUCAAGGGUGACCUCAACUACCGGAAGCUGACGGGCGACAGGCACUGGGCGCACGCCGAAACCUUCGCGAGGGCUCUGAGGGGCUUCCAGCCCGCCCCCCUGUGCAGCUUGAGGACCCUUAAGGCCAACGUCCAGGUGGGCCUCCAACCCAACCAGGGGGAGAACCUGACCGCUCAGGAGCCCCAGUGGAUGACCAGUGGCGUGUAUGCGGUCAUCCAGUUCUCCAGUCCUCUCCGAGAACAAUAAGGCGUUCCCGGAACCAGGUUUACAAAUGAGCUCGAGACAAAGCUACGCUAAGCUAAACCCGAAGCAUGAAAUGUUACUCGAAAGUGGGGAAAAAUCGGAAAGUUGUUUGCUUGAAGUUCUACAUAUCAUUGAAUUGCUGCUUGAGGUAUACCCAUUUUCAACAGUUAUUCAGAUAAGGAAUUCAUUGGUAGUGUUAUUUGGAAAUUGUUUUCAGCUAAAUGUAUUUUUACGUUUUCAAAACUUACUUGCUUUCAGAGUUUCCAUCGCUGGGCAUUCGUGAGCAGGCAGGGUGCGGGAUAAAGAUCUUGUAUUUCAAAGAUACAUCUCAUCUUGACAUAGAAAAUCUUUACAGUAUUUUUGUGUCAAAAUGCCAAGCACUCAUAAGUAUAUUUUGAAUGAAGAUAUGAACAUGGGAUUUGUACUGACUCUAAUAUGUUAAGGCAAAGAACAUAACGCAGAACAUCUCAAAAUAAACUCAGCAUCGUAAAGCGAUUUAGGCUGCCAUUUACCACUGCCAUUUAGGCUGACCUUUUAAUACCUACUGUAUUAGAGAUGUAGUGAGAGUUAAGUACCACUAAUCUGAUAAAUGACACUAAAAUGAAACAUUUCUGUAGAAUGUUGUAUAUUGUGAAUAACAUUCUACAGAAUAUAAGUUCUCGUGAACAGUCUUAAUGUCCAGCGUUUUUCUUCCCUUUUUUUAGGUCUUUAAAAAUGGAAAUUGUUCUUACCGCAUCGUUUCUUGAAGCUGACGGUCAGUACAGCAUCUUAAGUACUGUUGGCAUAAGAAGGAAAAGUCUGUUAUUGGUCAGUUUUUGUCAGUGUAUACUGCUUCCUCCUCUUGACAUUUUUAAUGCAUGUGCUAGUUCAUGCAUCAAAGUUUACAGAUUAUUCAAACGUUGUUUUUUUACACUUUGCAGUUUAAAUUUAUUUGGGGUGCUCAAGAAAGCAUUUUCACUCCAUCGGAUGACACUUGCAUCUACAUUGGAUGAAUAUUGUAUGUACUGUAUUUAAAAAAAUAAAUUCACUUGCAUACUUGUUAGUGUAUUUUGUAAUCCUGUUAACCGUGGUCUAAGUGUUACAUGUCUCAUUUAAAUUCAAUAACUUCACAAUAACUGUAAUUGAACUGAGAUACAAAAAUGGAUUGGUUGAAUGACACAUCAUAAAACUAGACAGUCCCAUCAGGAAAUACACUUUUUAGUUAAACUUUUCUGUGUCCUGCUAUGCACCUGGUAAAAACAAAUUUCUAAGUUGAAUAAAAUGAUCACGAUUAUU